AUGUCCUUUGUUAGUCCUAAUACUUUUGAAAUGCAGCAACUUGAUUUAUUUUCUGCUGUCAAAAAGCUUCAUGUAUUAAGUUCUAAAUAUCUUGGCAAGCUAAUAAGAGAUGCCAAAAAUGGUAUCAUUAAAUAUACUAUAAAUGGAUCAUCUUUUGAGGAAGACCUCUUGUCCAGCACCAUACUGAAAGAUGUAUCAUCACUUAAGCCAGAUGAGGAGCAUUUCAAAUAUUUGUUAAGUGGUUUAAAGUUAUUGCAUACUCUAUGUGAUAUUGCAUCCCACCACUCAACACUUGCGCGGGUUUUCGUUAAAGAUAUGGUUGUACAAGAAGAGAUGCUUAAUUCCAUAUUUAGCAUGAUUCGUGUUCUUAGUCAGUUAGGAAAGAAAAUUAAUGGUCUAAGCCAAAUGGUCCUGUACUCAGCGCUGUUGUCUAAUAGUAUGUAUUUACUUAAAGCCUUCAUUUCGUCAGAGUGGAAAGACAUCGCUGAUGUUCUACUUGCACAUCCUGAGGUUGUCGACUUCACAACGGCAGCUCUUACUGCUGUCCGUUUAACUAUUAAUCUUCUUCAAGCGAAGCCGACAACACAGUGUAUUAACUCUCGCAUGCAGCUCAAUAAUGAAGUCUACAAUCUCUUCCAUCUUUGUGAAUCUUCUGUGCAGUUUAUUCAAUCACUAUGCAAACAACUGUUAUUUCGGGAGCGCCUCGUUGAAAAAAAGGAACUAUGUGGAGGAGGUGUUGUUUUUCGGUUGGUUCAAGACACCUUAAACCUGCCACAGCAUGAUGAUCCAAUUCUUGAAAGUGUGGUUAAUAGGCUUAAAGCAAAAGUUUUAUCUAUCAUGCUACUUCUUUGUCAAGCCGAAAGCUCAUCUUUCAUGGAUAUGGCUUCCAGCACCCCUCAAGGCAAGGGUUUUGCUCAGGCAACAGUUUUGAAGGUGAUUGCAGAGCUAGAUAUGAUGUGUGAUGGGGAUUUGAAAAGCCAAACAAAUGGACUUUUGCUAAUUAAUGCAAUGAAGCUAACAGAAAUAUUCUCUGGUGCUUCUGGAUUCAAAACUUUCACAGUCCAUAACUUGACAGAACUUUUGACCCGAGUGCUUUCACAGCCUCAAAGAGAGUUCUUAUCCACUUGGUGUUCCUAUGAUCCUGAGCCUGCUGAAGAGGAGAUUGUUGUGGAUUUUAAUCCCACAUUAGCAGCUGGACAUGUAUUGGGUUUGACCUCAGAAUUCAACGUCCAACAUUCUACUUGGAGUAACUGUCAGGCUCCUCAUGUUGGGAAACAAGCGGUCUCAAAGAAUCCCAAUAACCCACCCAAAGCUAACAAUAGAGAAAUAUAA